AUGCCUGCUGGGUUGGGUUGCAUUGCCGACAUCGACUUCUUGUCCGACUUUCUGCUGCCGUCAGCACAUUGCCAGCGCGUCUACGCCGUACGUCGUCCCGCGCGCUCUUCGUCCGUAUCGUGCACCGUACGCAGUACCGCGUAUUUCUUCUCGUCUCGCCAGACCCGGUUCCCCGUCUCGAGUCCCGCACGCGAAACCAUGGCCAUGCCCGCGGGCUACAAGCCGUCGCCCCUGGGCUACGGCUCUCCACGCAGCUCCCCCUUUCGCAGGCCCGAGUCGCCCGUGUCGCCCACACCGCUCAAAGGCACACCUGGAGGCACAGCGACGUCGCCGACCGGAAGCUGGGCUUCGAGGAACCAGAUACCCACGUCCACGUCCACGCCUACACCCACGCAGCCGGCCGUCUCAGCCCCGAUCGGCGGCUCCUCCUCCCUCUUCUCGUCCACACCGCCGGCAUCGUCGUGGCCAGCCCCAGCGUCGGCCAUGUCCCAGAGCACGGCGCUGUCGCAGCUGCUGCCUGCACAGGUGCGCGCGCUGCGCGAGGUCUUCCAGAUCCUUGACCGCGACAGCGACGGCAUGGUCAACCGAGAGGACGUGGUCGACAUGCUGAACCAGCUGGGCCUUCCUUCCAAACCGGCCGAUGUGUCCCCGUUCUUCCCACCGGCAUCGCCCCAGACGAUCGCCAUGGGCUCGUUCCUCAACUCGCUGGCAGCGGCUCUGGCGGCCAUGUCCCCGAGCGCCGAGCUGCUGUCGGCGCUGUCGGCCUUUGACGAGGACGACAGCGGCCAGGUCGACCUGGCCGAGCUGCGCGACGCCCUGCUGCACACGGUCCCGGAACCGGGCGAGCGGCAGCUGACCGAGGCUGAGAUCAACCAGGUUGUGCAGGGCUUCACCGGCCGCCGGGCCUUUACGGCCAAGAGCAAACCGGGACCGAGCUUCGGCAAGCGCGGCGAGGUGUUCCGCUACCAGGACUUUGUCCAGUCGAUCGCCGGCGGCGCACCGGGCAACACGGCCGAGACUGAGGCGACGAGAGAGGCAUAG